GAUCUACGGGCGCCAACAGCGUCGACGUCCUCAUGCAAAGGAUUUAACGCAAGCAAUCCUGUAUAGUGACACGCCGCUGCCCCCUGUGGGCCGGAGGUCAGAGCCGCUUCUGUGUUGAGGACGCCUCUGUACAAAGUGCCACCAAAUGUCUCAGAGAAACGGCACAGGAGAGCACGAACAGCCAGGCACAGUGGGCAAGGGGCGAAGGUCAUCUCUCGGCCACCGCAAAGCUGGAGAUGUGGGGGUGCUGUGCGACUUUUGCACUGGGAAGAAGCGCAAGGCUGUCAAGUCCUGCUUGUCCUGCCUGGCCUCUUACUGUGAGACUCACCUCCAGCCUCACUAUGAAUACCCGGCUUUUAUGAAGCACGAAAUCGUCAAAGCCACAGGAAAAAUCCAGGACAAGAUAUGCCCUCGUCAUGACAAACUGCUGGAGAUUUACUGCUGUACAGAUCAGCUCUGUAUCUGUUCACUCUGCAUGAUGAAUGAGCAUGAAAACCACAAAACGGUCCAUGCUGCAGUAGAAAGGACGGAGAAACAGAAGCUUCUAGGUCCGACCUUAUUGCAGUCCCAGCAGAAGAUCCAGGGGAAGGUGAAGAAAUGGCAGGAUCUGAAUCAGACGGUGGAGCUUCUCAAGCAUUCUGCGCAGGUGGCUUUGGAGGAGAAUGAAAGAGUGUUCACCGAUUUCAUCCACUCCAUUGAGAGAAGACACUUUGAGGUGAAAGAGCUGAUCAGAACUCAGGAGAAGGCUGCGGUCUCCAAAGCAGAAGGAGUCCUGAGCAGAUUGGAGCAGGAGAUCAUGGAGCUGAGGAGGAAACACUCGGAGCUGGAGCAGCUCUCGCAAACCGACGAUCACAUCCAUUUUCUUCAGAGCUGGCAGACUUUUGGUGCCCCUUCCAACUAUGAAGAUCUGUCCAACAUCAGUAUAAACCACCAGGUUUCAUUUGUUGCUCUGAGAAAAGCCAUAUCGGACAUGACAAUGCAACUAGAGGAUGUCUGCAAGGGCGAAAUGGACAAGAUUGCUGCUAGAGCCAAAGAGAUUCAAAUUAUAGACACCAGAGAACUCAAGGCCAGUGAUGACAUCUUACCCUAUUCCUGUCAGCUCGUGCUGGAUCCCAACACGGCCCACAAAAACCUCGUCCUCUCCAAGGGGAACACGGAGCUAACGAUGAGGAGCCAAGAGCAGUCGUAUCCCAGUCACCCUCAGAGAUUUGACCACUGGCAGCAGGUUUUGUGUUUGGAGGGCCUGAAAGAUGGCAGAUUCUACUGGGAGCUGGACUGGAAAGGCAGUGAGGUAGAUAUAGCUGUGGUCUAUAAAGGGAUCAGCAGGAAAGGCGCCAGCAACAACUGCAGCUUCGGCUGGAACGAAAAGUCCUGGAGUCUGUACUGCUCACGCUCAAAAUGCUGCUUUGUACACGACAGUGUGAGCACGGCGCUGGCUGUGCCCCAUUCCCCCAGGAUUGGGGUCUUUCUGGAUCACCGGGCUGGAAUCCUGUGCUACUACAGCAUCUCCGAUACAAGAAACCUCAUCCACCGAGUCCAUACCAAAUUUACUGAACCAUUGUACCCGGGCUUUGGGCUCUGGGGAUAUGGGUCAUCCAUAUCCCUUCACUAGGCCCCCAACAGAAUGAAGGAGGCCACCCUAUGAAAACAUCGUAUGCGUUUUUGAUCUUUCCCAAUACCUUGAUAGGGAAAUAAUAUGUUUCUGCUCUGCAGCUAAAAAAAAACCCAGGAUACUCACAGGAACUUCAUAAAUUUGUGUCAUUUACAUAUUGAUUUUGCAAUAUGAAGUUGUAUGUAUGCAAAACUUUACAUCCAUAACACUCUUUAAUUAAAUGGAUAUGUAUGUCAAAUCAA